AUGAAGCGAAUAACGAUCUUCAAAAAUGGUUCUAAGACAGAUCCAAAGGUAUUGUUGGUCCCAGCUUCACUGUCAGAUUUGCUAGACAGGGUCAGUCAGAAACUUGGAAUCUCGGCCACAAUUUUGUUCACAUGCAAUGGUGCAGAAAUAGAUGAUAUAGAUCUUAUAAGAGAUGAUGAUACACUAUAUGCGUCUGAAGGUUCAGCAUUUAUAGAUACAACUAGUCCUCAGUUACCAGUAUCACUAAGACAGAACCAUGUGAGGUCAUCAAUGGUGUUGCCAAAGUUACAAGAACUCAAAAUAGGAGGAACAGAGUCUAACUGGGUCACACUUAACGUGGGUGGAAAACACUUUACAACAACUAGGAGUACCCUUACCUCAAAGGAACCAACAAGCAUGCUGGCCAGAAUGUUUGCCAAUGAGGGAGGCAACAGUUGGGGCAGUAGUGUGGACAGUAAAGGUGCUUACCUAAUUGACAGGUCCCCAAUAUAUUUCGAGCCAAUACUUAACUACCUCAGACAUGGAGAACUAAUCAUCGAUCCAUCCAUCAAUACUCAAGGUGUACUGGAAGAAGCCAAAUUCUUUGGGAUUAUCUCACUUAUUCCAAGAUUAGAAAAAAUAAUCCAGGCAGAAAAGAGGCCAGAUGACGGGACACCUAUUACACGUCGAGAACUAAUACUCUCCCUUAUGACCACACCAACCAACAAAGAACUUAGAUGUCAGGGUCUCAACUUCUCAGGUGCUCAGCUACACAAAUUAGAUCUCCGCUACAUCAACUUCAAGUAUGCUAACCUCCAGAAUGUCAACUUUAGUUGCGCCAACAUAUCUUACUGCAACUUUGAGAGAGCUGACAUUGCAAAUGCUGUCCUAGAUGGUGCUAAUCUCCUUGGUGUAAAGAUGCUGUGUGCUAACAUGGAGGGGGCAUCAAUGAAGGGGUGUAACUUUGAGGAUCCUGCUGGAAGCCGGGCUAAUAUGGAAGGUGCAAUAAUGAAAGGUGUCAAUCUAGAAGGAAGCCGUAUGGCAGGAGUAAAUCUAAGAGUUGCUAAUCUUAAAAACAGCAACCUUCAGAAUUGUGAUUUAAGAGGUGCAGUCCUUGCAGGGGCAGAUUUAGAGAAUUGUGAUCUAUCUGGUUGUGACCUACAAGAGGCAAAUCUACGAGGUGCUAACUUGAAAGAUGCUGCUUUUGAGCUAAUGUUAAACCCUCUGCAUAUGUCACAGGCUGUGAGGUGA